AAAGAAUUUAUAUUUAUUAAUAUUAAAUACAAAGUCUUGUAAGAAUGGAGACUUGGAAUUAGAUCGGGCUUCUAAUUUUCCGGCGGCGAUGGAUUUCCUGGCAACUUCUAACGGCCAAUUGUUUGUCGGAGUGACCGUUGGUCUGAUUGCUGUUGGUGCUGCAUAUAUCUUGUUGUCGUCAAAGAAGCCCAAAGUGUGCUUGGAUUCUGAGAAUUUCAAGGAGUUCAAGCUUGUCAAGAAAACGCAACUCAGUCACAACGUGGCCGAGUUCAAAUUUGCUCUUCCUACACCUAAUUCCGUAUUGGGCCUUCCGAUAGGACAACACAUAAGCUGCAGGGGUAAGGACAGUCAAGGUGAAGAAGUCGUCAAACCUUACACCCCGACUACUUUAGAUUCCGAUGUUGGAUAUUUUGAGCUUGUUAUAAAGAUGUAUCCGCAAGGAAGAAUGUCCCAUCAUUUUAGAGAAAUGCGUGAAGGUGAUUAUAUGGCUGUGAAAGGACCGAAGGGUCGAUUUAAGUAUCAGCCAGGCCAAGUGAGAGCAUUUGGAAUGCUUGCUGGAGGUUCUGGAAUUACACCAAUGUUCCAGGUUACGAGAGCAAUUCUUGAAAAUCCAAGUGACCAAACGAAGGUGCACUUGAUUUAUGCUAAUGUCACAAUCGAUGACAUUCUGUUAAAGGACCAAUUGGAUAACCUUGCGAAAAACUACCCCGACAGAUUCAAAAUCUACUACGUUCUCAAUCAACCUCCAGAAGUAUGGAAUGGUGGGGUCGGAUUUGUCUCGAAAGAAAUGAUUCAGGCUAACUGCCCUGCACCAGCCUCUGAUAUUCAGAUUCUGAGAUGCGGUCCGCCUCCGAUGAACAAGGCCAUGGCUGGUCUUCUAGAAGCUCUCGGUUAUUCGUCGGAAAUGCAAUUUCAGUUCUAAAUUUUUGUUCUUACACUAGUUUUAUUUUUCUCCUCAUUUAGACAUGUGAUUUUGAUCGAUCGUAUAUUUCGUUUUGCACGAUGUGAUGUGACAUAAGGAUUUCUCUCUCUCGUUUAUUUUCAAAUGAAAAUACUAUGAAGAGAAGAUGUAAAACCUUAUUUUUAACAAUAAUAUGAAAACUCUUGCAGUUUUAUGGGUU